AUGCAAAAGCUCACUAGUGUCCUGGUAUCAGAUCGUUCAUCAUUUGGUGUGUUGAGUGAACAUCAACGACAAACCAACAUCGAUAUGGCCUCUACUUCACCGCCGCCGGCGUCGACAAGCCGCUCUACCCCAGAGCAACCCCGGGUACCGCCCGUGGCUCGAUGGGGUGCCGCUUGUGCGCCCUGUGCAACGGCAAAGGCAAAGUGUCUCCGGUCCAACACAAACCCUAAUUCCAAGUGCGACAGAUGCGAGAGACUGAUUAAGAAUUGUACAAAGCAAGUACACAAGCCGAGGAAGAAGAGACAAAGUAAACCUUCAAAAGCCACCCAAAUCGAAGAGCGCUUGGAUCGUCUUGUAAGUUCCUUGCGGGUAUCGGGCAAUCUGUCUGCGAUUUCGAACCAUCUUGAUGGCAACCAACCGGGUCCUUCAUCUAGGCGACCCAACCUGGUGCCCAAUCACUCUACAACGCUACCCCCCAGUCACCCCAGCUUCUUGACACAGACCGGCUCGUCCAUGUGGGAGCCAGCAAGCCAGAUUGACACUGGCCCUGUUCAUAUUCCCGAAACGUACAACUGCUUCGUUCCGCCAACAUGCAUAUGCAGAACAGAGCCAGGUGAAGCCCCUGGACCUCCUGACACGGAUGAGAAUCUGCUCGCCAUCUACCGGGAACAAAUGACGCCAAAUUUCCCCUUUGUGGUCGUUCCGGAGGGGGUAUCAGCCAGUAGUCUUGCAGCAAUGAGGCCAUUCCUUAUGGCAUCGAUCCGCAUGGUCGCAUCUUUCUCAAGCCCAAAAUCGAUGCGCGGGCAGAUGUACCGUCUUUUGAACCGUAUUGCCGAUCAUAUGCUACUAAGAUCCGAAAGAUCUCUAGAUCUCCUGUCAGGUUUGGUCGUUAUUCUCGGGUGGUAUCAUCAUCACUGCAUCGCCCACGCUCAACUCAACAAGCUCAUCUCUCUUGCGGCAUGCCUCGUGGGAGAGCUAGGAUUGAAGCGUAGCCCGAGUUUACCGGAACGAACGAGACUUAUGGUUAUGCGCCCCAGCGAGUUGAGGGAGAGAACGAACGAGGAGCGGCGGUUAUUGCUGGCGGUUUGGUAUCUUAGCUCUUCAAUUUCGUUGGACAUCCAACAGAUCGAUCCGAUGAGGUUCUCAAGCUAUGUGCAGCAGUGUCUUCGCGAACUCGAAGAGUUCAGGGAGCUCGAAUCGGACAUGCAUCUAGUCUACAUUGUACGGAUUCAACGCCUCGCAGAGAGGAUCUCGCAGAUUAGGGGCAAUGAAGAUGGGGACGAGGAGACGCCGAUUCCCAAAGCACCGAUCUCUGCAUAUGCAUCAAGCUUCCAGGCCGAGCUGGACAAACUGCAGGACCAGAUGCCUCAAAGCCUGCAAGAUAAUUAUUUUCUCAAAGUCAGAAUGGCAACAGCCCGACUCCGGCUCUAUGAGCCACCAACCAUCGACGCCGACCUCCUCGCAUCUCUUUCAAAGUCUCUCACAUCCCUAAGCUCCAGUUACAGCUCUGCUCUAGAUAUUUUCUACCAGGCCAACGCCGCGUUGAAAGCAUGGUUCGAGGUUUGGCUGGCUAUACCUGUGCCGGCCUUCUCCACCAUGCCUCUGACCCUGGCGUCACACAUGAUUUUUGCAGUGGUGAUGAUGAGCCGUUGGGCAUGGCUGGCCGCAAGCAACAAUAGCACGGCGCAAGAGCCAGCGGUUCCCGUUGACCCAUCGGCCGGGGACCCUAACGUCGCGCUUGCGGCUAUGGAGGCGGCAAUCGGCCCCAACACACCAGUCUCAUCCUCGACGCCAUCUACGACCUCCAAGGCCACGCCGACGUGGGAUCCGCCAAUUCCGGAUAAGAACCUGCCUCGGGUUCUCGCUGAUAUUAGGGCUCAGCUUUCGCGGCAGCCGGAGCUGAUGCUCAAUGUUUCUGACAUCCUCCACAAGGUUGCGGACCAACUGGAGGAGGUCGAUGCAACGAUGGCGAGGGUUUCUGUUGAAGAUGGACCGUGGCGAGGAAACAUUUGGACCCUGGGGGCAACAAAAGUGCGAAUCGCACAGUUGAGGCAGAAGAGAUGGCUGGACUUGGUGUCUGGGGGUCUCGAGCAGCAUGAUGGUGACGAGGAGGAUGAGACGGAUGAGCAGGGGGGUUUGGGUGAGAUUGAUAUGGAGGAAAGUAUUGCGGCGGGUCUUCCCACGAUGGGACCUUGGGAAUAUGAUACUACCUGGGGGCCGAGUAUCUAUGAUAUCAUGGAUCCAUCGAUGUAUAUCGAUGGAAUGGGUGUGACGUCUGGUGAUUGGGCUUCCGCGGGCUUGGUUGGCAUGGCGCCGAUGGAGCAACUUCAAGGGAUGCAAGGCCACGAAUCGAGUUACAUGUAA